UAUAUAUAAUAAAAAGACUUGAGAAAUGAAUAUGAAAAAAUGCAUAGCAUUGAUGUUGGUGGCUGUAGUAAUAACGACCAUGGGAGGAGAAGUAGAAAGCGUUUCAUGCGAGAUUAAGUGCAUGCUUAAGUGUGGUGGUCUAUUGGUGCCUGAAAACACCUGCAUCGAGCCAUGUAUGCGCGCACAAUGCCACAAACCACCUAGUCCUCUAUCUAAAUCAUCGACUGAUGAUGCUGUAGAAAGGAGAAACAUGAAAGAAGUUGAAGGACUUUCAUGUUGGGACAAAUGCUUGUUCUUGUGCGGGCUCAGUCUGUCCUCUCAAAAAACUUGCACCGAUAAAUGUAAAAAGAAAUGUCAUAUCUCAUAUGUUUUUCCAUCUCAAUAAUCGUAGUAAUAAUUUAUGUACUAUUUUGUUG